UUAAAAGGGGCGUGAAGUUUGCUGCUAGCACAGUUAGCUGCUCUGGGAUCAUCUGGGAUCCUGCUCAUGCUUGGUGGCGCCCUGCAGAAACGAAACCCUCACAUUAUAGAGCGUGUGAUACUUGGAACAGGCGUGUUUUUAAAAGUAUGUUAGCCGUGCUAGCUACCGGGCCGAUACGACAGGAGCGUUUAUUGAAAUGCUGACCCGGCCUCUCUCUCAGGACAUGGCAUUGUGGCCAUUGGCGUUAAUGCUAAUUUAGCUAGUUAGCGCAGCAGGCUAGGUAGCUGGGCGGUUGGCUGUAACAUUGACUAGCUUACGUUAGCUUGCUAGGCUGCGUUAGCCAGAGGGUACACUCGUACUUAUGGGGACGAGUGUAGCAGCAGCAGCAGCGUCGCUUCAUUAACGUCGCCUGCGUUAGUUUUGUGGCGAACCUUCAUUUUGUUCUCAGAGUAACGGAGAGGCUAGUGCGGUUAACGUUAGCUGAGUUAGCGCGCGAUCAUGCUGUAGCAGCUGAGCGGGGUUUGAGUCGCCAGCCUCUGCCGCCUCGCUCCAGCGCUCUCAGGGGUCGGUAGCUAACAGUUACCGGGCAUUGUGCGGUAUGUAGCCAUGGCAUGCUAACCAUCCAUCAGAAAAGUUCAUGACUGGUCAUAACAUUGCAGACAAUGUUGGUAGUUGAGACUGACCAUGCAGCCAUUGUACGAUGAGGUGUAGAGAUAACGUUACGGUGGUUAACAGCCAGUGUUAACCUCCUUCAUACAGACGACAGGGCCUUGCUGUGGGUUAUCCUCCACACCGCGUUAGCUAGUUGCUCUCACUCUGCUGUGUUGCAUGAUUCACGAUGUUUCCUCUUCACAUGUAAACUUGGUAAAGUUUGCAGGGCAACAAUGUAACGUGACCGAGCUGAUUGAGCAUUUUGAUGAAUUGGUGACGCGGAGCGUUAGCUAGCAAAAUGAACAACUCAGGAGUCAUGGCCCAAGAGAAGAUGGAGCUGGAUCUGGAAAUCCCAUCGUCGUUAGUUCAGACCGAUGGACACUUGAGGAGAUCCAACAGUGCACCCAUGAUCAAUGGCUUAAGUGAUAACUCCCAAGUGUUCCAGAGAGAGGUCCUGCGCAGCCGGAGAAAUAGCACUACAGUGGUCAACAGGCCCAACAUGGUCCCUUCAUCGCCCAUCCGUGUCCCCAGCACCAGACUUCAUCAGAUCAAACAAGAGGAGGGUGUAGAUGUGAUGAACAGAGAAACUGCUCAUGAGCGGGAAGUUCAAGCUGCCAUGCAGAUGAGCCAGUCCUGGGAAGAAAGCCUUAGUCUGAGUGACAAUGAUUUGGAGAAGUCUGUAUCAUCGUCUCCAAAGCGCAUCGACUUUGUGCCUGUGUCGCCUGCCCCAUCCCCAACCAGAGGGAUUGGUAAAAAGCAGUGUUUCUCUCCUUCAUUACAAAUCCUUGUAAGCAGCAAUGGCCUAACACCCAGCCCAAUACCCAGCCCAACACGGCGCUUCAGCCGACGCAGUCAAAGCCCAAUCAACUGCAUCAGAGCCAGCAUACUGGGGCCAAUAAAACGCAAAGCAGGUGAGAUGGAGACGGAGAGUCAACCCAAGAGGCUCUUCCAGGGCACCACCACCAUGCUGUCAUCCGACAUCUCCAACCUGUCAGAUCUUGGUUCUUGUCACUCCCCAGAUUUACUGGAUGUCAGUCUCAGCAGCGUCAGCUCCUCCACCGACUCCCCAGGCAAAAUGGAGGGGGUGUCGCCCUCUUCGUCCAGCAACUCACCCUUCGCUUCCCUCCAGGAUUUGUCGCCAAAAUGAGACAGGGGAUGGCAAAGAGACACUAAAAAGGACUGGCAUAGAGGAAGAAAGUUCCCUCUCCCCAGGGAACCAGUUUCCUUCUCAGACCCUCCACCUCACCAUCGGCUAGAUUUAGUUUAAUGUUCCCUGUGUUUGCUUUCAUGGCUGCUCUCUGGAGGGUCUUGAUAUGUUUGAAUUAAGGAAAUGAAAGCCAUGGACGAGGUUUGGUGUUUACAGAGGUAUAACCUAGUAAAACUGGGGAUGACUGAAGUCACAGAGCAUCAGCUGCUAGUUGAGGAUCUUGGAUGGUGCUUGGCUUCAUAUUGAUAUUGUGUUGUUAUUUUUUAUAAAGUGGCUAUCCUGUUAAAACUGUCCCACCAGUUUCCCUCACUGGAGAGAGACAUUGAGCACUGGACAAAAAGAAAGAGACAAUUUGGAUGUGUACAUUUCUCCAUAUUUUUUGUGCUGGAAAACUUGUCUUCAGGCCUUUGUAUGUACAGUCUGCGGAUUUUGUAAGAAAAGAUUUAACUUAUUAUUUCCUGCUUUGCUUGUAAUUAUGUACAUAUUAACUUUGUCAGAUGUCGUACAUAGUUUGGCUGUGAGGUGAAUGUGGUCACACAACAGCAAAGGUUUUCUUUGUGAAAGGAACGUAAACUACUUCUGGGGUUUAGCAGAUUCAAAAUAUUUUUAUGAGACAGGCUUUGAACUGUGGUGAAAUGUUCUGUUGGGCUCUGUGCCCGUCGCCAUUCGUUACUGCAACUCAGUGAAAAUCGCAGUGAAUUGUGGAUGGAAGGACAUGGUCUGUCAACACUAACAGUUCCUUUGUAUCCUGUGUUCUUUUCAGGAUGUUUUUUUGUAGAUAAGCAAUUUAGAGACAUGAUUGUUUUUUGUUUUUUUUUCUUCUGGCAAAAAGUUUCUUUAUUUAUGGAGAAAAAAGUUUAUUAUAGGAAUUGGAUGGUGAUAGGUUUCUAUCUCCACUAAAAAAAUGACCCAUUUAUGUUGUCAUUUACACCAAAUCAGCUGACUGCCUGAAAUAAUUGGCAGUAAAAUCAAAAUGGCACCAUACUGAGUGAAGAGACUGCUGUGUUGUUACAUUUAUUAAAAGAUUUUUUUUUUGCACAGGAGCCUCAAUCCUGUCGUGUUUCCAGUCUGUGUGUAAGUCUUAAGAAGGGAAGACAUGACACUGAAAUAUUAGCUUUCUGUUGAGCAGCCCAAGAAAUGCUGCAUAUUCAGGUUCGACCUGUUGAAUCUCUUGUGUACGUCUCACUGCUCAACCCCAUCGUCUUCCAUGUGUAUGCACAAAAGGAAGUGAUUGUAAAUCAUUUUAUGAAAUUGUGCCCUUUUUAAUUUAAGGAAAAUGUUUUGGUUGCAGUUUUAUCAAAUGUACUUCUUUUAUACAAUUAAGAAAAGGAGGAGAGAAGCAGUCGGCCAACCUAGGUAUUACAUGAGAUUCAUCUUUUUGUCAUCUGAAGAAGCACUGAGGGUAUGAAUCUAGCAGAUAAUCUUAUUCUACUCUGUGUCUGUGAUAGAAAGGCUUCUUUCAAGCUGGCCAACAUCUCACCCACGCUUGUGUCUUUGUGAUUGCCAUUGUGAAGGACAUCAAGAAAGAAUAAAUUCUAUAAGAUGUUUUUGAAAGUCUUUUUAAAUAUUCCGAGAUUAUUUCUUUGACCAUAGCACGAACACACACCAUGGUG